AUGGCUGAAAAACUAGUCCAGUCGUUUGAUCCCUUGAGUUACUGGGUAAACGAGGUUGCUGAUCUCGAUCGUGAAAUUGUCCAGGCGUACAAAAGUAACGAUAAAAAGAGGAUCGAAGAGAUCAUAUCAGGAAAUGAUCGAAGGACAUUUGAUGUUUUCAUUUGCUCCGACGGAGGUCAUGCCUUUCUUGUCUUGGCUGAAGUUUCGCACACAGAACCGGUGUAUGGCCCAAAAUCGACCAAUGAAAAUCCAUACCUUAUUCCAGGUAGCUUGCUGUCUUGGAAAAUUGACCUUCGGUUCGAAGAGGUAAAACUGAGAACUUACAAGGUGUCUAAAAAAAUUCAACUUUUCAAAGACAUAGAGAAGCACAUUAAGAAAACAUUCUAUAUAGGAAGAUAUGAAAAUGUUAAGAGCAUCAAAUGUUUUGAUUUGGCGUGUUUGCGUGCAGCCCCGCAUCAUUAUAACGCAAUUAUCGAUGAUUGCGUGGAAUUUGCAAAGGAAUUCUGUGUUUGCUUACUGAGCUAUUGUGAUUGCUCCAAAGAGCUGGAAAAGAGAGUGAUAUCAGAAAUUAAGAAAGUUUCAGCUACUGGCCUCAGUUUGGAAACGUUGUCAAGGAAUUCUUUCUUGUCAGGAAUUCUUGGAAACAUUUCGUUUGGUGGAGUCGAUGUCAGCAGUUACCUUUCAGGGCCGCACGGUUCGCUCAUAGUUUUGGGUAUUGUUGCGUUUCUGCUGCUGUACCCAAUAUUUGUCGCUUUUCUAGCGGUUUUUAUCUUUAAAAGCUAUGGAACUUAG